AUGCCUCCCAGAGCAAUAUACCUCGUAACAUCCCGAAAUAGCCCGAGCCAGCGUGCUCAUUUCUCCAUCUUUGUUCCAUCGGUCGCUUGUUCCACUAUAGGUACUUCGAUACACGUUGUGGGCGCGCCUAUGAUGGGCUAUCAGCUCGAGUUCAAACGGAAUCACGCCCUCUCCUCCAAUGAAGAGCCGUAUGAGACGGUCUUACUUGGACAUGUCGACUCUCAACAUAUUGCGGACUCCUUAAAAGAGAGUAGUAGUAUGUAUGUAGACCAUACUUCGAGGAGUGAUCUUGAAAUCGCAGCCAGUCAGAUACCGGCCCCUCGUGUUAGUGAGAAUUUCAUGGCACCUGUGAAUGAUGUGAGUAAUUCUCGAGUGCCUCACUGCCUGUGCUCCAGCCUGACGUAUACAGACCACCAACAAGAGAUGUCAAGAGUGGACUAUGGAAUUUGUUCGUCAUCUGGUUGCUCGGGGUCUACUUGA